AUGAAUUGUGCAAAGGUUGAAUUUUGGAACAAACUUGUUAGCAGUACUAUUACCAUCAAUAAGCCUGCUUCCGAUGUAUUUGAAUAUAUUACCAAGAGAGAACAUUAUCCGAUGGGAAUGGUUGUUAAAUGGGAACCUCUAGGAGAAGGAUUGGAAUUGGAACAAGUAUUUGCAAAGAGAUUGGUUUCCGAUCCAAAUCUUGCCUAUGCUUCUCAUCUUCAAAUGUUGCCAUUCAAAGUUUCCAUUCUCACUGAAGAUAAUGUAAUGAAUGCCAAGUUAUGGAAAUGGCAAGUAUCUAGUCCACAACAAAAGGGACACUUUGUGUUUGGAUGGAAAGGAGUCAUGGGUUGGAAAUAUUUCCCUCUCUUCACUGGUGAACACACAUUUGAAGUCAUUGAAGAAAGUGAAAAAUCAUGUAAAUUAAUUCACUCGGAAAGGUUUGGAGGUUUGCUUGGACAUUUAUUCAUGCUCUAUCUGAAAUUAAGUAGCUUCUGCAAUCACUUUUCUGAAUUUAAUUCAAUUGUUAAAAAAAGGUUGGAAUAA